UUAGUUCAGUGAGCUCACGCGCGUCGAACAACAAUCAUCGACAAUAGUACGAUUCGAAAAUCUUCGACGUCCAAAAAUGGCGUUUCUUGGAUAGUAUAUUGUCACAUUAAAAUUUGUUCUAGUUCUGUUAACAAGUGAAACAGGUUCUUUGAAAGGAAAAUCGUGUAAACUAAGGAAUAUUGGAGAAACGAUUUCUUGAGAGUCCAUAUCCAGAAGAUUGCUUCGCAAAACAACGACAAACAAAAAUGGAAUCGACCGAACAAUUACGACCGGAAGAAUUGGUGGGAUUAGUAGCCCGAUCUGCUGAAGGUACAGCAGCGAAAGGAAUGCCUAUCAAAGGACACGAAGAUCUAUGGGUGGAAAUUCAAGCGAAUACUUUCCGAAAUUGGGUGAACGAGCAUUUAAAACACGCGGUUGAUACUGCAAACAGUCCUGUGAUCGAUCUUGUUGAAGAUUUUCGGGAUGGUACACGACUAUGUGCUCUCGUUGAAGUACUUACUAAACGACGUUUACCUCGAUGGAAUCCCAGACCUGCAAAUCAACAUCAUCAUUUAGAAAAUGUUUCAACAGCCCUUCAAGCUAUCGAAGCUGACGGUGUAAAACUUGUUAAUAUCGGUAAUGUAGACAUCGUCAAUGGUAAUUUGAAACUAAUUCUUGGACUGAUAUGGUCACUCAUUGUAAGGUACCAAAUAGGCAAGUCCAAGUUCCCUCCAAGGAAACUUAUGCUGGCAUGGCUCAAGACAGUUUUGCCAGAAUGUAGAGUCAACAACUUUACUACAGAUUGGAAUUCUGGUGUAUAUCUGAGUGCCUUACUUGAUUAUUGUCAACCAGGACUAUUUCCUCAUUGGCGACGGCUUGAUCCGAAUGAUAGCGUUUACAAUUGUCGAAAAGCUAUGGAAAUUUCAAAACGUGAAUUCGAUAUACCUAUGGUAUUGGAACCAGAAUAUCUUGCAUCACCAUAUUUGGAUGAAUUAUCGGGAAUGACCUACUUAUCAUACUUCAUGAAGGAAGGUUCACCAGGUUUUCAUGCAACAUUACGAUGGGUUAAUUCUCAAUUACUUCAUCAUCCAGUACAAAACUUUACAACUGAUUGGAAUGAUGGUAGAACUUUAUGUAGUAUUGUCAGGAAUUUAGGAGGAUCUGCUCCUGCUUAUGAUAAAAUCGAUAUCGACCCUUCCACAUGGGAACACAAUAUACAAAUGGGUAUUGAUGGAGGCAAAAAAUUAGGUGUGGAACCCAUUCUUAAAGCAAAAGAUAUGGCAGAUCAAAAUGUAGAACAUUUAGGCGUUAUGGCAUACGCAGCAUGCUUUCAAUGGGUAAAGCCUCGCCCUCAAACAAGCAAGCAAAUUGUUGUUCAUAUUGAUAGCACUUCCGCAAGAGUGCAACAGCCGGCGCAUUUCAAAUUAGAAAUUCUUACCAAAGAAGUAAAUACGAGAGAAGUACGUGGUGAGGUAAUAAGUCCGAGCGGACGGAUAGAAUGUAGAUUAACAUGGAAUGGAGUUCAUGGAAAAGGAACUUUUAUACCUGUAGAAGUUGGAAUGCAUAAGUUAAUGGUAUAUAAUGACGGAGAAUUAGUAGAUGGAUGUCCCUAUUAUUUCAGAGUUUUACCUCCCUUAACCAAAAUCAAAUCACCUGGUAUGGAUCCUUGUGCUAUAGGAUCUAUCGUUGAAGUUCUAGUCAAUAGUUACGGAACUAGUCAUGAUGGCAUUGAUGUUACUGCGUGGUCACCUACUGGAAGAUCACUAUUGUGUCCUGUUAAAGAAAACGAUGGAGUACACGCUGCAACCUUUCAACCUGAUGAGACGGGAGAAUGGAGUAUUGCAAUAACUCAUAAAGGAAAUCAUAUACAAGGUGGCCCAUUUACAUGUUUUGUAUUUGAUCCUAAUGGAAUAAAGCUAUUGGAUACGGAGGGUGCUUUACCCGGACAACCAUUUUCAUUUACUGUCGAUGCAACAGGAACUGGAGGUCUUGGCGACGUAAUAAUAGAUUUAGUCCAUGAUAAACAAUCAAUUCCUUUCAGAAUGGAAAAUACUAGACAUAUGCAAUAUCAAGUUUCAUUUGUUCCAUCAGAAUCUGGAAAAUACAGAGUUUAUAUAUACUUUAAUGGUUCCGAUGUUAGAGGUUCUCCAUUUUCUAUUCGAGUGGGAACUCAAAAAGGAUCAAAAAGAUCAAAAGAAUCUAAUUUCGAUAAAACGAAAUUAUCUUCGCUGGAAAGGCGAAUGAAUGAUUUAAACGUUCAAGAAACCGAUCGAUCAAGUCCUCUCCAGCAGAAGUCUUAUUCUCCCUCUACAUAUAAAUUAUCUAGCCCAACUCAACAUAUACGUGAAUAUUCUCCUGUACAUCAGACUACCUCCGCUUAUAAAACAUCGAAUUAUUUGGAAAAUUCUAGUUCGACGUAUCAUACAUCAACUUCGAUCAAUCAUACUCGAUCUCCAAGUCAUAGUAAUAGUCCAAUUUCACGAAAUCUUCAUAGUCCAUCUAUGGUUAAAGAUACAAAAGAAAUUUAUUCUAUUACAUAUAAUCAUUCAAGAUCUCCAACUGCACAAAGUCCUAAUUUUAUGAAAGAAUCAAAAGAUAUUUAUACAUCCAAUACAACAAGUACAUCUCGAUCUCCAAACCCAAGCCCAAUACAUAGCUCAAGAUACUCGCCAGUUAUUAAAGAAUCACGAGAAAUUUAUAGUUCGGGAUCUUUAAAGAGAUCUCGAUCUCCAGAUCGAAAUUCAAUGGCAUAUCGAAGCGCAACACAAAGUCCUGUCAAUAGAAGCUUCAGUCCAAGAAACAACGACAGAGAUAAUAGUUAUAAUAGAAAGGAUUUUACAGAUAAUGGAACAGUUGAUACCAGUAGUAAUGUUAGAGUAUCCUCGAUGGUUGGCGGAACAUCUAGAAGAGAUUCAUGGGAUGCUAUAGAAAAAACAAAAUCUUUAUUAUCUUACGGUAGUUUAGAAUCUCUUGCUAAUUUAACUAAUAAUUCUGCUAUGGCUGAAAAUAAUUCAAAUUAUUUUAAUAAUAAUUAUAAACAAGAUUAUAGUUCAAAAAACAUUUUGCAAACUCAUAAUAGUUCUUCCAAUUUGAUUCAGAAAGUUUCAACCUCAGAAUAUAACGCAUCUCAAAAAUAUAACAAUGAAAAUCACAACAUUCGCACGCAAACGCAUGGGAUUCUUAAAAAUAAGAAUAAUAAUUAUUGUAAAAACGUGGAUAUCACAGAUGGAGUUCAUGAACGGUAUUUUAAUAAUGUAAUUUCUAAUUCAUCAACACAAGAUAGAAAUUACGAAUUUGUAACUGGGAGUGCACUAGAGACAUUACCAAUUCAUAGACCGACUACCUUUACAAUCGAUCAAAGUAUAGAUACAAAUAAAGUCACUGUUAAUGUUUGUGGUCCAAAUGGUAAAAUAAUUCCAGUACAAAAAUCAACUCUUCGAGGUUUAACGUAUUCAAUAACCGCUCAAGAAGUUGGAGAACAUAUUAUUCAAAUUUUAGUAAAUGGCCAACAUAUUCAAGGCUCACCUUUCAGAUCGCAAGCAUACAAUGCUCAUGCUAUUCAAGUUGGGAACAUUCCGAAUGGCGUUGUCAAUCAACCAGUAGAAUUUGAAAUUGAUGGAUCCAAUGCCGGAUCUGGAAAUCUAGAAAUCCUUGUAAAUGGUGGUCAUGUAACUAGUUUUGUUAGAGCAUUGGGUAGCCAACGAUUUCUGGCAUCAUUUGUACCUCAUGAAGCUGUUGUACACCUCGUAGAAAUGACAUUCAACGGUGAAGUUAUUCCUGGGUCACCCUGGCGUGUGGGCAUUAUGCCAGCACCAAAAAUGUCAGUAAUUGGAGAUUCCAUAAGAUUGGUCCCUGCUGGUAGUCCAGCAUUUUUUGAACUUUCUGCUCUUGGCUUUAAUAGUAAUGAAAUUGAUGUACAAAUUAUAACACCUUCUAAAAGAUAUAUACAGGCAAAAAUUGAUGAAGUAUCAGGAAGACCUGGAGAAUUUCGUGUUGAAUUUACUCCAAUAGAAGUAGGUAGUCAUCUUGUAGAAGUAACCAUUGCUGGACAAAAGCUACCGGCAGGUCCACUAGUUGCUAAGGUGUACAACAGCAGUUUGAUUCAAGUUACUGAUGUCCCCAGUGCUGUUGUAGGACAUGCCUGCCAAUUUAGAGUUGAUGCUAGUGCUGCUGGUGAAGGACAACUUGAAAUUUCUAUAAAUGAAGGAGAAGUACCAAAUCAUGUUCAAGUAGUUGGAGGAGGACGUUGUCUUGUUUCUUUUACACCAGAAAUUGCUAAAUCACAUUAUAUUGAUAUAAAAUUUAAUGGAGAAGCUGUGAAAGGAUGUCCUUUUAUUUGUAAUGUAUCUGAUACUAGUAGAGUAACAUUAAGUUUAAAUCAUCUGGAAUUAAUUCCAGUGGAUCAACCUGCUAGUUUUCAUAUGGGUGUUGAUGGUAGUGGUAAUGCAGAACUUGCAGUUUCUGUAAAAGGACCAAAUUGUGAAUUGCCUGUCAAGGUAACUGGAGAUAUAAAAAAUGGUUUUACUGCAGAAUUUAUUCCAAGAGAUGUUGGUGUUCAUUCAAUUAGUGUUGAAUAUAAUGGCCAUGCUGUAAAUGGUACACCAUUUUUAGCUAAGGCAUUCAAUGCAGAUAAGGUAUUAAUUGGUCCUGUAGCUAGAGGUAGUGUUGGCCAACCAACACAUUUUACUGUUGAUGCAAGUCAAGCUGGUGAAGGAAAUUUAGAAAUUACGAUAUCAGCUCGUAAUCAAAAUAUACCUACUCAAGUCACACCACAAGGAAAUGCACGAUUUUCAGUUAGUUUUGUUCCAUUUGAAGCGUGCGAGCAUAUAAUUAAUAUAGCCUUCAAUAAACGAACAGUACCAGGCUGCCCGAUUAUAACUCGAGUAGGUGGUGACAGUCAUGUAACAGUAAGUGGGCAGGCAUUAAGCAGUGCUGGAUUAGGACGACAAAGUUAUCUUACUAUCAGUAAUGUUGCCGGUAGCUUGGAAGAUUUAGAAGUUAAUGUUGAAGGACCCAAUGGACAGGCCGUACCCGCUCAAGUCACUGACAACAAAGAUACAACGUGCAGUGUAGCAUUUACACCAAGAGUAGUUGGAGAACAUAGAAUUUCAGUAAGUCAUCGGAAUGUUCCUGUGAUUGGCAGUCCAUUUAGCUGCAAAGUAUAUGAUGUGACUGCUAUUAAAGUGAAGGAUGCUAAACAUGGUGUUAUUGGAAUGCCUGUAACUUUCUUAGUUGAGACUAGUCAGGCAGGACCAGGAAAUCUAGAAGUGACGGUGAACGGAGGUCGUGUACCUACAUCUGCUCAAGCUCAAGGACCACAUACGUAUGCAAUAUCAUUCACGCCUCGUGAGCCAAUCAUACAUACCGUGGAUUUAAGAUUUAAUGGAGAGGAUGUACCUGGUAGCCCCUUUAGUUGUCAAGUGAGUGAUACAGCAAAAGUGAUAAUAACAGAAGGACUUGAAAAAGUAUCUGUAAAUCGAUUAACAACAUUUACAAUAGAAGCAGAUAUAUCGUUAGGAACUCCUAUUGUAGAAGUUCUCUCACCAACUAGAGAAAGCUUACCAAUACAUAUUAAGCAAAGUGGUCAUGGAUGUUACACUGCAGGAUUCACACCUAAAGAUGUUGGCGAUCAUAGUGUUGAAGUGAAAAUAAAUGGAUUACAUAUAGAAGGUAGCCCAUUUUUAGUAAAAGCUUAUAAUGCUGAUAAAGUAAAAGUAACAGAUAUAAAUAGUGGUAUCGUUGGUAAACCAGUUUUCUUUAGCAUUAAUGCUAGUCAAGCGGGUGCUGGUAAUCUUGAAAUUAUUGUUGCUGUAAAUGGUAAAAAUGUACCGAAUUACGUACAAAGCGAAGGAAAUGCAAAGUUCAGAGUUAAUUUUAAACCACAAGAAGCUGCUGUACACAGUCUUAGUGUUCGAUUUAAUGGAGAACCUGUCCCAGGUUCACCAUUCAGCUGUAAAGUAGUUGGUGCAGGUCAAGCUAUAAUUAUUGGGCAUAAUCUAAAAAUGGGAGCAGUAAAACAAUUAAUGUCUUUUAUUGUGGAUCCACAAGCUUUCUCAACAAAUUGUGAUGUAAUCGUAACACCGCCAUCAAACGUAUCACUUCCUAUUACAAUAGAACCUGUAGAUGGAAAAUAUAACAUCAGUUUUGUUCCUGUGGAAGUGGGUAGACAUAAUAUCAGCAUAUUAGUUGACAGUGAACAUGUAAAAGGCUCUCCUUUUGCUUGUAAUAUUUAUGAUGUUACAAAGGUACAUGUAUCGGGUCUUACGGAAGCAUUGUUAGGUCAAGCUACAACAUUUACUGUUGAUGCUGCUGAAGCUGGUGAAGGCACAUUAGAAUUAGUGGUGAGCACAGAAAAUAAUACGGUUAAAGCCGAAGUAGUUGCUUGUGCUCGUGGAUUAUAUGAUGUAACAUUUGUUCCACAAACCACUAGUACUCAUUAUGUUAAUAUCAGUUUCAAUGAUGAUAAUGUACCAGGAAGUCCGUUUAAAUGUCCAAUUAUUAGUACAAUGUUAGAUGGACCAUCUAUGAUUCGAGUUGGAAAUACAGCAUAUAUGGACUUAGAAAUGCCAGGAUUAGAAGGGCCUGUUUCUGCAGAAGUUACAGGUCCUGAUAGUAUAAUUAUUCCAUGCACAUUGAUGAAAUUAUCACCCAAUUUAUAUCGAGUAGAAAUUCGAACGCGACAGGUCGGUACUUACAGCGUAAUAUUCAGUGACGGUCAUAAAAUGAUUAGUUCUCAAACACUUCAAGCUUUCGAUUCUGGAAAAGUAACAAUUAAAGAAGUAUCAGAUGUAGUUUGUCAUCGACCAGGGACCAUUACAGUGGUUGUAUCAAAAGAAGCUGGUCCUGGAAAAUUAACUGUAAAUGUACGUGCGGCUGGUGCUGAUGUUGAUAGUGUAAUUAGAGAAGGAGAAAAUGGUCAAUAUGAUAUAAUUUUCCAUCCUACACGAGCUGCUCCUCAUAAAGUUCAUAUAAAAUAUAAUGAAGUUCAUAUAUUGGGAAGUCCAUUAGAUUUGACAGUUCGUGGUCCUACUGGAGGUAGAGAAGUUACUGCAACUGGAUUAGGAUUAUACCAAUCAUGCGUUAAUAAAGUAACAUCAUUUACUAUUGAAACUUUAGGAAGUCCUGGAAAAGAAUUUGAUGUAGUAAUCAGUGGACCACAAGGUAAUGCAGUUCCAGUUCGAUGUUACCAACAUCGAGAUGGAAAUUUGCUUGCUGAGUUUACUACAAGUACUGUCGGUACUUAUAAAAUCGAUGUUUUACAAGGUACAAAACCAGUUUUGGGUUCACCUUUUUUUUGUCAAGCUUUUGAUGUUUCUAAAGUAAAACUACAAGAAUUGGGACCAAUGACAGUAUCAGUACAUGAUCAUAUUGUUUUCAAGAUAAUAAAAACAGAUGCUGGAAUGGCAGAUUUGGACGUAGUAGCAACAAGUCCAUUAGGUCAAGAACUUCCAUUACAAGUUACUCCACUUAACGAUGGUGCUGAAAUGGUUGAAUUUUCUCCUAGUAUACCUGGUACAUACAUGAUUAAUAUUACAUAUGGUGGAUAUCCAAUACCAGAUAGUCCAUUAGUAUGUACAGUUGAUGCAGCUGGUCAAGCUCGCGCAAAGGGAGAAGGUUUAUUAAGUGGUCAUGUAGAUAAAACAGCGCAUUUUAUUGUCACUGGUACAAGAAGUCCGCCAGCAGUUCAGGUAGAUGGGCCGGAUAGUGUUUCGAAAGCAAUUAUUGAAGCAGGAGCUAAUCCAGGUACUUGGAAUGUGUCUUAUAUUCCUACUGAAGCUGGAGUAUUCGAUAUUAGAAUCGUUUCUGCUGGUCAACAACUUCCAGGAUCUCCGUGGCAUCCAAAAAUCAUAGAUACAAGAAAUCUUCGCGUAAUCGGCGGCUGGCCAGCUGUAUGUGAUGAUGUUGGACGACUAAAAAUACAUCUCAAUAAAAUUAGUUUUGACACUGCUGAAGCUGGACCUGGUGAACUUACUGGGAAAAUAGGAGAUCAUACAUUAUCUUUUGAAAUGACAUCAAAUAAUAGAUUGAAACUUAUUCCACCAAAAUUAAAUGGUGGGGAAUAUCGUUUAGAAAUAUUCUUUAAUGGUAUAUCUUUCCCAGGUGCUCCAAAAUUAGUAAUUGUUCAAGAUUUAGAGACACCUAUACAAGAUACAAGUCGAGUUUUAUUAAGAGGAAGAGGAUUAACAUCAGCAAAAUGUGGAGAGGAAGUUAGUUUCACAAUAGAUGGUUCUCAGGCUGGUACAGGAACGCCAAAAGUUCAACUUUUUUCACCAACCAGCGAGCUUAAUGUAAUGUUACAACAUUUAGGAGAUAGCGUUUAUCGAGCAAGUUAUAUACCAUUAACUCCCGAUCCUCUUUUAAUGACUGUAUCUUGGAAUGGGAGACAAUUGAAGGGUUGCCCUUUACAAAUAAAUGUAACAAACGCAGCUGAUGCAUCUCGAGUUAUUUGUUCCGGAGAUGGAUUAAAGCAUGGAAUAGUCGGUCAAGAAAUAAGAAGUUUUAUAGAUACAAGACGUGCAGGUCCUGGUGAAUUAACGGCCCAUUGUGUUGGUCCGCAUAAAGUAGCUUAUUGUGAAUUGUAUGAUCACGGUGAUGCAACAUUUACAUUAAAUGUAAAACCUCAAGAAGCUGGACGCCAUGCACUAACAAUUAAGUAUGCUGGAGAACAUGUUCCUGGUUCUCCUUUUACAUUACGUGUUUCCGGAGCACCGGAUGCUUCAAAGGUUCGAGUUUAUGGACCAGGAAUUGAACAUGGAGUAUUAGCAACGUUUCAAUCACGAUUCAUUUGUGAUACUCGUGGAGCAGGAGCUGGUCAACUUACGGUGAGAGUUCGUGGCCCUAAAGGAGCGUUUAGAGUAGAAAUGCAAAGAGAAACUCAAAAGGAUCGUAUAAUACUUUGUCGAUAUGAUCCAACGGAACCAGGCGAUUAUAGAGUCGAAGUUCGUUGGGCAGGCGUUCUCGUACCUGGUUCUCCAUUUCCUGUUAAAAUUGUCGAUACUCAAGAUGAAUUAUUAAUGUUGACACAGAAUGGAGAUAAUUAUUCAACAGGACAUCAUACUAUUGCCUCAUGGCGUGGAUCACAAGCUAUAUUAUAAGGCCAUUGCAUAUAAAGUUGUUAUUAUUUUGUAUGAACUAAUAAUAUAUUUUCAUAAUAUAUAACGAAUCUGUAACUUAUCUAAAAUGUUUGCAAUAAAAAAAUAUUUUGACACAAA